CUGCACAUUCUCUCUCCCUCUCUCUCUAAAAGUCUAAUUUUUUCCCAAAAAAAAUUGGGUUCUUUCUUUCUUCUGAAACGAGCUUCGUGUGUUUUUACGAAUUACCAGGGUUUAUUUCCGUAAACAAGGGUAAAUUUUUAAGUUGAUAUCAAGAGAAACCAAAGAAAGAAAGAAACGUUUAUUUUGUGUGUUUUUUAAUUUACUGUUUCUGCAAUGGUUUUGUUUUGUGAAAUUUUUCUUGGAGAAGAAGGGUUAGAAGACGGAGAGUGGAAAAACGAAAGAUAACUCUUCAAGAAAAUCCAAUAAAACACAGUUAUUUCUUUUUAAAAUCUUUCCUCUGUUUCAGAAAACAGAGACAAACGAGAAGAUCAUUAGCAAAUUGCGUUGCUUUCUCAUCUCCUUUCUCCUGGGUUUAAAUCGAGAAACCAUGACUACAAGUCUACUAAGCGAUCCAACGAUGCUAAUUUCAACACCAGAGGUGAUGAUCGUCUCGCAUCAGCCAUCUCCGUCGUCGACGACACAAGUAUCCGGCGACGAGCCAGAGCCGGUGACGUGUGAUUGCUGCGGAUUAACCGAGGAGUGUACACAAUCUUACAUAGAGAUGAUCAGAGAGCGUUACAUGGGGAAAUGGAUCUGUGGACUCUGUUCUGAAGCCGUGAAGUACGAGGUUAUAAGAACAAAACGCUUGCUAACUACAGAGGAAGCCAUGGCAAGACACAUGAACACGUGCUACAAGUUCAAAUCCUCAAGCCCACCUCCUAAUCCAACCGGACAUUUGAUCUCUGCUAUGAGACAGAUCUUGAGAAGAAGCUUAGAUUCUCCAAGGAUGCUUAGAUCAAUGCCUAGUAGUCCUUCUAAAGACGAAGAUGAUGAUGAUGCUUGUGUUUCAAAUGUUUUGUCUAGGUCGGAUAGCUGUUUCGCCAGUUUGACUUGAAAAACUCAUCGUUGCAAGAAAAAGAAAAAAAGUUUAAACCGGUGGCAACCGUCGGUUUAGCGACCACCACCUGGAAAGAAUCCGGUUUUCUGAUUGGAAAUUUUCGUCAGUAACCAAAAUUGGUCUCUGUAUGUGUUUUCUUGCCGGAUUUGUGUACCUGUGGAAAAUUUUGGGCUAAAUGCUUUAAAAGAACAAUUUGCUCGGUUUCUUUUUUA